CUAUAUUGUUAUUAUUUCGUGUAUUGCUGAUUAGAGAAACGGUUUUACAAAAUAUGAUAUUCGUCGAUUAGUUUUCGAUUUCAAUUCCACUGACUUCUAAAUAAUUUCAGAAUCUCUCGCAUAUAAUUCAAGUUACGUCAUUCGACGAAGUACACACAUGAGAGCCACAGAGAAUUUAUAAGCGAUCGUUUAAUAUCCAUAUCUAUUUGUAUCAGAAAAUGACAUUCUAUUAUAAAGGACGCGAAAAAAAAAUACCAAACGUAAAAUGCUGGUAUAAUAAAGCAAUAGUAUAUGAUCCGAUAAAAGCUGGCAGUAUAGAUGCCACUGAUAAUAUACCACAUGAUGCUGGAAUUGUUAGAGCCUUGAAUUCCGAGUAUAAAACAUCCUAUAAGGCAAUAGGAAAUCCUCUGAAUACAAUAUUUGUUGGCAGACUAAGCUUAGAUACAACGGAAACAGAUUUAGAAAAUGAAUUUAGUCGCUAUGGUAAAAUGAUAGCUUUAAGGCUGGUUAGAGAUUUAGUAACCGGUUUAAGUAAACGAUAUGCUUUUAUAGAGUAUAAUACGUUUGAAAUGGCAUUGAAUACUUAUGAACUCUGUAAAUUUCUAGUAUUAAAGAAUUCAGAGGUAUUUGUGGACUUCGAAUGUGGACGAUUGCUACCUGGGUGGAAACCUCGAAGAUUAGGCGGAGGUUUCGGAGGUGAAAAACAAUCUUGUCAACUUAGAUUUGGUGGUAGAAUAAGAAAUUUUAGACCACCUUUUAGUCUGGUUAAAUUUAGAAAGAAUAGAUCAAAUAAUGAGGAAAAUGAAGAAAAUAGGAAAUCAAUUACAACUCCUCAAUUUACUAAAAAAAUGGGUUCAAAUUCUGUUAGUGGUGCAACUACAUCUGCUCCUUCAAUCAUAUCAUUACCAUUAACACCUCCGUCACAACCAGCUAUUGUUUUACCACUAACACCGCCUUCAUAUUCAAAUGCACUGUUACCAUUAACACCACCUUCACAAUCAAUAAUUGUCUUACCAUUAACACCACCUUUAAAUUCAACUGUCACAUUACCAUUAACACCACCAUCACAUUCAACUACAUCUUUACCUUUAACACCACCAUCAAAUUCAAUUCCACCUUCUUGAAUUAUAUAAAAUUUAAAUGAUUUAUUAAUUAUAACAGUAUAUACAUUUUUAUUUUUGUACUAAUUUAUCUGAAUAUUAUAAUAAUUAU